CCUACCGGGCGGAGUAAUUCGUGCUGGUAUCCUCCGAGUGCAUGCGUGUGUGUACGCGAUUGCGUGCUACGGCUGCUGCUUGUCACUCAUUGUGCCGCGGCGCGAACACGGGUAGCGACAAGGACCAAAAAUCCGUCCGGUUGCAGUUGUUAUCCCUGGGAAGGCUGAUAUACAUUUAAACUGUUUGUUCCCCCUCCUCCACCUCCUCUUCUCAGCAGAGACUCCUCGCUUGUUUUAAAAAGUGCGUCUGCUCUUCAAGGAGAAUAUCUGUGACACAUUACAAUGCUUCAAAUAAGGGACCUCAUCUGGGGAUUGCUAUUCAUAGGAUGUGCAGCUGCCAUUCAGGUGCAAAUCACUCCAUCGCAAGGGGAGAUCAGCGUCGGAGAGUCCAAGUUUUUCCUCUGCGAAGUGGUUGGAGAUGCUAAAGACAUCGACUGGUAUGGCCCCGGUGGUGAGAAGAUCCUUCCCAACAGGCAAGACAUUUCUGUGUCACGCACUGACGAAGUCACGUCGACUCUCACCAUAUACCACGCGAACGUUGAGAACGCUGGCAUCUACAUGUGUGUGGCAAAGAGCGGGGAUCAGGAAGCCCAGUCGUCUGUCUGGGUUAAGAUUUUCCAAAAGAUCACCUUCCAGAGUGCUCCCGACCCGCAGGAGUUCAGUGAGGGCGACGAUGCCGACAUAGUCUGCGAAGUUGUCAGUUCACCGCCGCCCGUGAUUUUUUGGAAGCACAAGGGCUCCAAGAUCCAAGCUGCCAAAGACGUGCGAUUCAAGAUCCUGCCUAAUGGCCACCUGCAGAUACGCGGCAUCAAGAAGACAGAUGAGGGCAUGUACACCUGCGAGGCCCGUGUCUCAGCCAGGGGAGAGAUUGACUUCAGGACGAUGAAGGUCAUUGUUAAUGUUCUUCCCAGCAUCCGCGCCAGGCAGUUUGACGUCAACGCUACAGCGGACAUCGGGAGCUCUGCUUUGUUGGCUUGCGAUGCCGAUGGCUUCCCCGAACCCACCGUUACCUGGGCACAUAACAACGUCGUCCUUGAAACGGGCGAUAAGUACAUCCUGAACGAGGAUGGCUCGGAAUUGGUAAUAAAGGAUGUCAAGAAAGUGGAUGAAGGAGAUUACACUUGCAUCGCCAAGAACAAGGCGGGAGAGAAAAGGGAGGAAGUCAGCCUGAACGUGUUUGUCCAACCCAAGAUCACCUACCUGGUCAACCAGACCGCCAUGGAGUUUGACGAGCAGGUCACCCUGACCUGUGAGGCCUCAGGUGACCCCACACCCACCAUCUCCUGGAGUUUCCAAAACACAGUCUUCACUGAAGGAGAGCAGGCUUCUUGGACACGACCAGACAAAUAUGAGAGCGUUGAUAGAAAUGUGGUGGUGCGCAGUCACGCCCGGGUCUCCUCCCUCACCCUGAAAAAUGUCCAGUUCACGUACUCCGGCCUGUAUCUGUGCACCGCCAGCAACUCCAUCGGCCAGGACAGCCAGAACAUGUACCUGGAAGUCCACUACGCUCCGAAGAUCCUGGGCUUGGUGGCGGCGUACACGUGGGAGGGAAACCCGGCCAACAUCAGUUGCGAGGUGGAGGCUUACCCCCGAGCCUCGGUGGUUUGGUUCAGAGACGGCCUCCAGCUGCCCACUGCCAACACCACCAACAUGAAGAUCUACAACACGCCUGAUGUCAGCUACCUGGAGGUUACUCCUGAUGCUCAAAAUGACUUUGGGAGCUACAACUGCACAGCAACUAACACGCUGGGCACCGAGUCCAAGGAGUUCCUUCUGAUCCAAGCAGUUGUGCCGUCAUCGCCAGAAAUUCAACAGGUGGAACCUUUCUCCAGCACCGCGGUGGUGGAGUUUGAAGAGCCCGACUCCAUGGGUGGAGUGCCCGUCAUCAAGUACAGGGUGGAGUGGCGUUUGCCUGGGAAGGAGUGGAGCGUCAGGGAGUACUCCGCAGAGGAAGACAUGAGCAGCAUCGUCAUCACUGGCCUCAAACCAGAAACCGUCUAUGAGCUCAAGAUGUCCGCCAUCAACGGCAAAGGCGAAGGCGAGAGCAGCCUGCCCAAGACUUUCAAGACCGAGCCAGUCCCCAUCUCAGAGCAUUCUUUCACAAUUUCGUCAGCGAUACCAACCUCUAUUGCUGCCACCACUUUGGCCUAUAAAGGGGAACCCACUGCCCCCAAACUAGAGGUCCGGGCCCAAGUGGGCAAUUCUCUUAAGGUCAGCUGGAUCAAGCAGGACGAUGGUGGCUCCCCCAUUAAGCAUUACCUGAUCAGAUACAAGGCUAAGAACGUGUCUGACUGGAAACCAGAGAUCCGCCUUCCCCGCGGCAGCGACUACGUGACACUGAGCGGCCUGGAAUGGAGCACGGAGUACGUGGUCCACGUGGUGGCGGAGAACGAGCGGGGCAAAUCCAACCCUGGUGUCCUCUCCUUCAGAACAGCUACAGAGCCCACUGCCAUCCCAGACGCCUCGGCCGGGGGCUCGGGCCUGGGGACCGGAGCCAUCGUGGGCAUCCUCAUCGUGGUCUUCUUCCUGCUGCUGGUGGGCGUGGACGUCACCUGCUACUUCCUCAACAAGUGCGGACUCCUCAUGUGCAUCGCCGUGAACUUCUGCGGGAAGAGCGGCCCCGGAGCCAAGAGCAAGGACAUUGAGGAGGGCAAGGCAGCGUUCACGAAAGACGAGUCUAAGGAGCCCAUUGUUGAAGUGAGGACAGAGGAGGAGCACACCCCGAACCAAGAAGGAGGGGGUCCCACCGAGCCCAACGAGACCACACCGCUGACAGAACCUGAGCCCGCUGCUGCAGAAACCCCCUCCAUGGUGGUAAACUUGCUCCCCUCCACCGCCGCUAACUCGGUUACCGAGAGCUUUAGCACGGCACAGAGCAGUCCUGCUAGCGAGUGCACCACACUAACCACCAGCGCAUCCAGCCCGACCAAAGCGGCCCCCGCCAAGUCCUCCCCCCAAAACAGCCCCGCGCCCGAUCCCAGCUCGCUUAAAGCAAACGCCCAGCCUGACGACGGGCCCCUGGUUGACCUGAGCGACACCCCUAAAGUUGCCCCCUCGUCAGACCCAACGCCCCCAGUGUCAGACCCGGUCAGCCCACCCUCCGCUAACGCUGACGGGCCACAGAACCAGAGUGACUCAGUCAAAGCCCCCGACAGCACCCAGAGUAAGGACUUACAAGUAGACGGCCCGACCAAGGACGCCCCAAAUGCCCUGUGCACAGACUCGACCACACCAGCCCAAAAUGAUGGUAAGGCUGUGAAGGAUGAAAACACCAAAGGCGAGACGGAGGUGAAGAACGCCACGGCCGAGGUGAAGACGGUCCCCAACGAGGCUCCUCAGAUGAACGGCAACGAGAGUAAAGCGUAAUCUCCCUCCCCGGCGACAGCGGCGGGACCGAGAGGGCGGCGAGGGGGCUGGGAGGGGUUCGUCGGGGGGGCGCGGGGGUUUUUAAGGUUUAAAAAAAAAGGGGGUGGUCACAGUCACUGAAACCUCAAACGCAAUGUCACACACCACCCCAUUGCAUUCAAGGAAAAAAAAGAAGCAAAAAAAAAAAAAAAGCAAAAGAAAAGCGAGAAAAUAAUAAUAAUAAUUAUGGGUCUCCUUAUACAGUGUCUUCUGACCGGGAAUAUGUAAAGACCACAUGCACUUGCCUUAGUUCCUUCUUUUACAUCCGUGUUUAUAUGUCACUGAAAAGAAAAAAAAAAAAGAAAUCGUGUAAUUCACCCUUCGUUCUUGCGUGUAAUAUUAAAUUGAUCAUCAGUUAAAUGCGGAACAGAAUCUAUACUAUUUUUCUCUAGAUAACCACGGUUGGACUGUAGCUUUACUUCACAGAUUACUGCCUUCAUAAUGUACGCACAUGUAAGACAUGUACAUUACCAAUACUACUAUCCUUUAUGCAGUAUGGUCAUCAUCAUGGUAAUGCAUUAUGGGUCUUUUUUGUUUCCCUUGUUGAUAUAUUUUCUGUGUGUUUAAAUAAUGUGCAGGCUCCUUCGCCUUUUUAGCUUUUUUUUUUUUUUUAAAUGUGUUAUUCCAGUGCUAGAGAUUAGAACUGCCUCUUUUUUUUGCAAAGUGACUGUAUUUCUCGACAUGUUGCUGUCAUCCACUUAUUCAGAUUUUUUUUUCUAUUAUUAUUAUUAUUAUUAUUAUUAUUAUUAAAUGUCGUCUCCGUGUUGUUCUGGUCCGCUCACGUAGCCUCGGCUGUGUGAAAAUGAAAAAAGACCCAUGAGAAAGAUCGCGGUACACGCUAAGGCUAAUGCGUUUUAAACCCCGUCCUCCUCAGAGUCGCAUUUAAGAUGCUUUAGCCUGACUCCUGCAUGGGUUGCGAUCGUGGACGACAUUCGCGUGGAGGUGCUGUGUGUUCAAAGUGCCGUACAUGUUUCAGAUUGAGCAGAUUCAAAGUCCUUUCAGGCAUCUCGGCAGCCAUCUUGGGCCUUAUUCCAAGCUAACCAAACCAGGCUAACCUCUAGGUAAAAAGGAAGGGGGGGAGACAGCCGCGACUGCAGUUGCAAUGUUCACAAAGACAACAGAGCUGCACGGUAAGAAAAAACACAAAAAGAACUUUGAUGACUUUGUCUUGACUUAAUUUUAAACUCAAUUGAGAAUAAUGGGGGGAAAAAAAUGGAAAUCUUUCAUUCAGCCUGAUGCUAAUUCAGCUUUGAUUCGACCCACUGGCUUCAGUUUUGUACCAGUUAUAAAUAUAUGUGAAGAUGUAUGUAAAGUUAAAAAAAAAAAAAAAAAGUUUAGUGGGGACAUUUUGUAAUGCUGCAAAUUCUUUAUUAAGUUAAAGAUUUUAGCAUUUCAAUUAGCCCAAUUUUCCCACACUGAAUCCAUCCCAACAACAGAAGGGUCUCAUUCCACAGGAGAAAUAUUUGCCUUAUUUUGUCUGAAUUAGAUAAAAAAAAGAAAAAAAAAGUUAACUCCAGGUGUAUCCUUUGUGUCUUAAGCAUCAUAAAAACCCCAUGCAUCCACACUCCUGUCAGUCUCCAUCAGUUUAAAAUGAUCACAUAUUACAGGUCAUUGCUAAAUAAAUAAAUAAAUAAAUAAAUAUAUGAACUGGACCAAUGACAAAGAAAAAAAAAAAGGAUGCAACAGGAUGUAAAUAAUGGAAACCCGACUUAAAGAAGUCCACAGUUUCUUUUUUGGUUGGUAGUAGUUUAAGUUAAUUAAGUUAUGAUGAUAGGUUUAGCAGUAACGUUGUGCACCGGUUUGUCAGCUCUCCAUCCAUCUUUCCGUCUCUAAACGAAGGAAACUGUCUGCUUCUGUAAUGUUGGAGCUGGCGAGCACCACCCAGUAGUCUUAGUGUCGGGAUGAGAGAUCCGUGGGAAUCAUCCGUGGACCGUCUCUGUCAAACAGGUAGCGUUCAGUGCCAUCCCUUGUUGAGAUCACACUCCAGAAGAGUUGCCUGUAGUUGGACACAGCUUGCGUGUGUGCUGUUAAUAUUGUCGAGUGUGUUGUUUUUUGUUUUUUUUUUUUGGUUUUGUUUUUAUUAGAUUCAUGUGAGAACUCAGCUUUUUCACCUUUUCCAGGGGUUUUCUUGAAGCAACCACUUCUUUACCUGACAGCUUUGGGCUUAAUAGUGACUCAAAAUCCACAUGUUCCAUGUGAACAACUUUAUUCUUUCUCAAAACACAAAAAAAAAAAAAAAAGUUGAAAGUUUCCACUGCGUGCACUCGGCCUCGAAUACAUUCCACUUAAUAAUCUCUACAUCCUCGCUUGCUGAGGUUCCUAAACCUACGGUCGGUGUUUUCUCACUUGCACCAAAAUUGUCGUCAGUGUGUUGUUGUUUUUUUUUGUGUCACUUCUGCUCGCGCCAUCCUGCAGAUGACCGGCGUUAGUGAUUUGUGGUCAUGUGACAUGUAUUGUAGGUUUAGUGGAGUUUCUUCUGAUCUUUCCCUAUCGAUAAAUCCUCAGCUCAAGGUCCAACUGCUGGAUUUUGUUUCUCAAAAGAUGAAAAAUCGUAUUCAGAUAUUAAAGACUGUUUGAAUAUAUUAUGAAAAAAAAAAGAAAUAGUUAAAAUAUAAAAAUUGUUUGGGCAGUUUUCUCCAUUGGUCGGUUUACCACACACCUGAUAAGACAUGUUCAUAGAAAGUAUGGGAGUCUCCAGUAUAUAUAUUAAUUAUGCAUGUUCAAUACAUGUAAAUAACUUUACAAAUGUCUAUUAGACAAAUGCAUCCUGCAAGAUAUUUAAUACCAUGUGAAUAAAUGUAAUUAUUUUGCUCCAUAAACAAACAAACAUCUGGUUUCAUGAAUCACAGAUUGGCAAUUUAGAUUCAACAGCCGCGGCAUUUUAACCGAUAGUUCAAAUGUAGUGUCACAUAACCUCUUUGCGUUUCAUCCUCCAGUUAUUAUUAAAAUAGGUUAAGACAGCUAACCAGCAAAAGCACUGCCACAACACAGCCCAAGCUGGUCGAGAGAUCGUCUCCAGCUUUUUGUUGUUUUUUUUAACAUAUAUCCUUAAACGUAUACUCAUCUCGCGUAGCGACGUCUGUAAAGUAAUUAACCACUUUCCACCAGCAUCAAGUUACACAUUACUCAGCUCUAUCAACUUGUUCCAAGCACAACUUCUGUAAAUUUUUUUUUUUUGUACACUACAGAGAACUUUAUUCAUGAUUCAUAAGAAAUAAAAAUGUUUUGGCAAUAGUACUGGACGAAAACAACAUUAAGACAGUUAUGACUUAUUUAAUUCCCAUCAUUCUUUACAUGUUUGGUAGGAUGACCAGUGUGCUAAAACUGCCUAAUAUUUAAACUAAUUUAAAAAAGAAAAUAAAAGCCCAAACUGCCACAGCUCUUGAAGAUUCCUUUGGAAAAAUGUGCUGGUUAGCAUAAUUGAAGUAAAUGUAAAUGAAUGUACACACUCAAGCCGUUAAGCUUCAAUGUUCCCUUUUUUUUUUUUUAAUCUGAAUGAUUAUAUUUGACAUCUUUAAACCGGGAAGUAAAUGUGUCUGUGGGAAUUAAAGGUCUCUUUUUAUGCUCAAUGAUUUUCUCAAACCUCUUUGCAAACGAUAAAAUCUGUCUGUCCACCCAUCCUUUUUUCGUUUUGUUUGGUUUUGUUUUUGUACAGUGUUCCUACUUUAGACUGCAAGCUAGUACACUGUGAAUGUGUGACUCCCAUUGUGUCCUUUUGUCAUAGAGUUUGAGCUAAUAGUUUGUGAAAGACGUAGCCGGUAGUAUGCGACAGAAUUACAGACAUCUGACGGCGGCAAAACUGGAAAGAAACAGUGCCUUUGAAAAAGAAAAUGGCGGCAUGCGUUCCAUUUCUCUCAGUGUCUGCAUUAAAAGUUUCACAUCUCCA